AGCCCCCCCCCCCAUUUUAUCUGAAUGCCCACUGUGCAUUCCAGCGCAUUUGUGAAUGGCCGUCAUUGAUUCAGCUUUCUUUGAGGCAUCGAGCAGAUAGUCCGAAGUCUACACAGAAGCUCCUUGUUUGGCCUGCAGCUCCCACAUCUGUCAUGAUGACGAAACCUGCAUAGGCCAAGAGGACAAGAAAGACACAAGGCAGACAAUGAGUGAUGAAACCGCCACUAAAGGGACAGUUGUCAUCAUACAGUUCCAUAUAAACUUCCUCUUUAAGUUCUUGGUGAUCGGCAGCGCCGGGACGGGGAAAUCCUGCCUCCUCCAUCAGUUCAUUGAGAACAAAUUCAAACAGGACUCCAACCACACCAUCGGAGUCGAGUUUGGUUCCAGAGUGGUCAAUGUCGCCGGGAAGACGGUCAAACUGCAAAUCUGGGACACCGCCGGGCAGGAGCGGUUCCGUUCUGUGACACGCAGCUACUACCGCGGAGCAGCUGGAGCACUUUUGGUCUAUGAUAUUACCAGCCGAGAGACGUAUAACGCCCUGACCAACUGGCUGACAGACGCACGCACGCUAGCGAGCCCCAACAUUGUCAUCAUCCUGUGCGGCAACAAGAAGGACCUGGAGGCAGAACGCGAGGUCACCUUCCUGGAGGCCUCACGCUUUGCUCAAGAGAACGAGCUGAUGUUCCUGGAGACCAGCGCUCUGACGGGAGAGAACGUGGAGGAGGGUUUCCUCAAGUGCGCUCGCACCAUUCUCAACAAGAUCGAUUCAGGCGAGCUGGAUCCGGAGAGGAUGGGCUCAGGCAUCCAGUACGGGGAUGCUUCACUGAGGCAGCUGCGACAGCCCAGAGGCAGCAUCGCACAGAACAAGCAGCACUGUGGUUGCUAGUUGUGGACACCUUCAACCCCCCCGCCCCUUCCCAACAAUCUUACUGUCCAUAAACCCACACCGACAAGACAGUUACAGGUCAGUGGCCGCAAUAUCAGCCCAGCUCCAGUUGUUUUGGGGUGUCCUCUGAGACACCUCACAGCACCUGGAUGAGUGGAGAUCACCGCAACCCCUUUGGCGCUCUGGUAAGACUUACUGUGGGAUUGGGUCUUCAGUGUUUCCCAGCUAGUAAUGGACCAGUGUUGGUCCAUGGGAUGGAUGAAUGGGAUAUGCAGUAUAGUCAUGUUUUUUAUUUAAUACAUGUGCUUCUCAUUCCCGGUUUUAGUAACAACCGCAGCUCUAAAAUUUGCACAGCUAUUUUUUCAACAUUAUUAUUAUUAUUAUUGCUUUUUUCUGCUUCUUUUCAGCGUAAAUGUCAAAAUUAACACAGCAAAAGUUUGGAGGAGGUUUAGGAAGAUGUCCGGAAGCUAAUCCCCACCUAAGAUCGGUUUCUUACCACGGAAAAUGCACUUUUGCGGGGGUGCCGGCCUUACUGAAAUGCACAUUGUAGUGGAUUUGCGUCCUUUCCGGUCCCAUUGGCUGCAGCGGCAGCAACUCCAUUUCACUGUACAUAUGCCAAAGUAUCACGUUGGGCUCAUUUUGUGUUAAAAGAGGGAGUCAUCCAGUCGUGCUGUUACACAAGUGUGGUUGCCAGUUAGAAAAAAGCACAAAAACGUUUUAUCUCACUAAAAUGUCACCGCUCAUGCACUCAAGACUGUAUUGAAAAAAGUAUUAGGACAUGGCCUCAUUGCUGAAGAAGGGUCUUUAGUUGGUGCAUAAAGGCAUGCCUUGGCAGCAAUGAUCGUCACAAAUGAAAAAGAGUGCCAACACUCCAGAACCUCGUAGAAAAAUGCUAUACUUACAAAUUAUUUUGCCUGUAAAAUUGUAGUUUCACAUGGAAAUGCUGUUUUUUUUACCAUUAACAUAUUAUAUUUGUGGUCACAAAAAGGCUACAUUGGGCUUUGGAAAAUGUGAUGUCACAUUAAGACAUUCUAAAAGCCAUGUUGGACACACUCCAAUGUGGAAGCUACGAUAGCUGCAAAGUCGGGACAAACUCCUUCACUUCUCACUCCUGCAGUUGUCCCAAUAUUUGCGCCCGUAUAGGUGCCGUCUUGAGGCAGGCCACAUUUUGGUGAGCCUCAAUUAGAAAGAAAAAUGUCUUCUCACUGGUUUAGCACAGAAGCAGAUUGAGUCUGACCUAUGAGUUUUUUUCAUGUCAGUGAGGCGACGGGAAUUUCCACUGGAGCUUUUGAUGUGACGCAAUGACUUGGCACACAAAAACAAAUAGUCUCAGAUGAUGAGUCAGACACACACACACACACACACACGUUAUAUAUAUAUAUAUCUACACGACAGCAAGCUGUUUUCAUUGUGUUAUUGUUUAUCUCUUCCUGUACAAAGACGUACGAGGGCCACACUGAGAUAAGAUCAUCAUUUCAAAAAGUAGUUUAGGAAUUUUAACAGUCAUGUUGUGUAUAAACAAUACGUUUAACAUUACAACAUGGUUCUCAUUUAACUAAUUUCUUCCUUAUAUGACUUCUCAUAAAGUUAAUACUUUUUGCUUAUAUUCACAGUUUAUCCCACGUUUUUGGAAGAAAUAAAAACACAGUUCAACUUUAUUUCCAUAACAUUUCCAAAAUUUGUGCAAUUUCAUUGUUUGAAAAUAUAAUUAUUUUUAAAUUAUGGUUUCUUGGGGAAAAUACUUAAUUUAUACCCGUUUUCUCAUUUUUGGACUAUAUUGUUAAAAUUAAUUUCUUAAAAUCUGUACUAUAAGUACAACUUGUAUGUCAUAUUCAGACGUUCGUCUCCAAAUUACUUUUUAUUCUCCUAACAUUCCAAAGUAUUUAUCAUAUAAUGACACUAUUCAAAUUAUACACCAUUUUUCCUCAUAAUUCCACUUUAGUCAUUUGUAUCUUUCCGUAACAUUAUUCUCCCGUACUAUUGCAACUUUUAUUAUUUGUAAAAUGACAGCUUUAUUCUGGUAACAUUAUUGGUGUAUAUUCUUCUCGGUGUGGCCCUAGUACUCCUUUGCACCUUCUGCAAGUGCACUUUUACUUUGAAGAGGUUUUGUUUAUACUGUAACUAUAUAGGACUGUACAUUUGAUUUGACUUGAACUAUAAUAAAAGAUUUUAAUUGUCAUCAUUUCUUACUAAAGAACAACUGAGUGCUCUUGCUGCCCGUGUGUGGCAGUACUAGGAAUAACUCAUCCAAAGCGAUUCUGUUGUGUGUGUAUUUAACCAGCAGCUCAUAAUGAACCAGCCAUUGUUUUCCGAUGCCAUCAUACUGUACCAACAACUCAGUUGUUGCUUAGUAAGGAAUGCCAUAUCAUCUGAAAUGAAUGUACAUCCGGUUUAGUGUGUGUUGUAAAUAAGAGUUGUCUUUAGAGUGACUGCUGUUCAUUGAUUGUAACAAUUAUGCAACCUGUUGUAAAAUCUGCUUUUUUGCCAGUGAAAAUCCAGCAUGAUAUCACUGACGUCUCUGACCUCUUAACUGGCUACCUGCGUAAAAAACACACAGUUGCCGAUAUCCAUAAUCCUAAUUUAUAAGACACCGGUGUGUCUUACAACAGUCCCGCCCCAAUGGAUCCCCUCUGGCUCCAGUUUGUCUUCAGGAGGCAAUGGAGCGAGGGCGGCAGAAGGGGCUUGCGUGAUGAAGAGUAAUAGGCCGCCGUGUCUAAUCGUUUUGAUUUAGCUUCUGGGGUCGGUUCAGUUACAGCUUGAGUGGUUUUAUGUUGCUCAAGUGGAUCUAGCGACUGAUUUAUUGAUCUCGGGCAGGCUGUCAGACUGGCGUCAUAAUUGAAUUGGCAGUGUGAGGUGUAAUGCCGACAGUCUGGCGCCAGAGGGUGCCCUGGCACCGCAUUGUAAAACAUGACGUCAUUAUCAAUGGUCUUGAAACAGUUAACCGGAGAAGACUUAUAGAGGCUAAAUUUGUUCACAUACUUUAUUUAUUUACAUAUAAUGGGACAUUUUGGGGGUAUUGUGCUGGGAGACAACACUAGUAAAAAAAAACGGACAAAAGGAAGCAGUAUAUAUUGAACUACUCUACUCAAAAUACAAAAAGAAACAUGUUUGGUAGAAUAAGGUUAGUAUUAUGUUACGAUAGGUGGUGGUGUAUUUAAAAGCCAAUAAGUGACACCUAAUACAUUUAUUUAACAGGUAAAUACUGUUUGAAGCGCACAAGUAGCGUGCUGCUGGAAUGAAUGCGUUCCAUGAUAUUCAACGAGAUACACUGCACACAUCAUACUAAGCACACACAGCGGUACUGCUUCCCAAAAUGUGCGACAUACAAGCACCACGUCAUUAAGUUGAAAUGCCUUUGCGAAGGUACAGCCGUCACCUGCUGUGUUUUGUCAUCGCGCACUCAGGCCGUGUGUGACAUGACAUCACCAGCAGGUUUUAAAAUCAUGUUUUAAAAAAAGGAUGACGGGAUACACUGCACUGAUCAUGAUGGUGCUUCAUUACAGUAGUGCUUUUAAGAUGAUUGGAGAAGACGGUGGUACGAGUUUCUUCCCUCCGUAAAAGCCUAUAAUUCAGAUUCUAACGCAGGGCUUAAAUAUAUAUUUUUUUAAAAGUCCCUGAAAUGGACGGCCUUCAUGAGCAGUGCAACAACAUGACAAUAUAUGAAUUUCUAUUAGAGUAGGAACUCCCCUCCUGUGACAGGACAAGGAGGGAUGGGGACGUUGAGGAGGUUUUGUAUUCUACUCCAGCGACUGGAGCAUGAGGAGCUGCUUGAGGACCUUGGUCUGACUGGUCUCCCUGAUCUCUCCGGCGAGGAACAUCUCGUCCACGACCGUGUACACCUGCAAGAAAACGAGAUGGCUUGGCGGCAGGGCUGACAGCAGAUAAGUCACAUCAACAAGUUCUGAACAAAAAUAGUCCAACAAAUAAUAGCCAAAAGCCACAAACUGAAAGCAGAUGUGACAUUAUCUGGUUGCCUCCUCACAUACAUAGGACUUCCUGGAACAUUGCCUCAUGAAAUGACGAGUUGUCAACUCAUCACUUAUGAAAAUAGCCACUGAAUCACCCAGCUUCAUGUAAAAAAAAAGACAGCAUUUCUUUUGUUUCUAUAAGUGGAACAUCAAUUGGGACAGUUUUAAUUCACAAGGGCACCAACGGCAGCUGGAGAGAGCAGUUUUUUUCCCCUCCGCACCAGUUGGUGUUAAUUAGACAUUGGUUGCUAUGGAAUCACAGGGAAACAUUCAUGUGUCUUUCGUACUCUUGUCACUGAUAGUGUGAACAUUUCUUCUCACCUUGUAGAAGUUGAAGACGAGGUCCAAUUCACACACGUUGUGGAAGUACUCGUUGAGCACCUUGCAGGAGACACACAAUGGGGUGACUUCACGGCGUCAUGACGUGAUUGUUUAGUUGCAAUAAUGGUAAGAGUGAGAUAUCCAUUUAUUUUUUCCACCCAUCCAUUUUCUAUGGCGUUUGUCCUCACUAGGGUCACGGGGGGGAUGCUGGAGUCUAUCCCAGCUGACAUUGGGAGAGAGGUGGGGUACACCAUGGACUGGGCACCAGCCAAUUGUACAGGACCAUUUUAUGGAGUCAAAGAUCAAAGAAAGUUAACUGGGUCCAGACCUGACUGAUAAGUGAUGUAGGAUUCAAUAUUAAUAAGGGGAAUAUUUUUGUAGUUAGAGCAUAGAAAAACAGUUUAUGACUUCCUAAACAUGAUUUUUACCAUUAUUAGAGCCCUGUGGACACCACAUUGCGUAACUCCUACGCACAGGCUAUGGGAUCACUGCAGGGACACAAGAUGGCCGCCGCUUUAAGUAUAGCAUGCUACCAAGCUUCUAGAAUAGAGAAAUUGGAGGCUAACUAAACCUAAAAGGUCUUCAAGCGGAGUGGAGGGAAAAAAAAAUACAACGCAAGAAGCCACAAGUUACCACUUCCUCAUGGAAUGGGAGGAGAACUUUAGUCAUGUCGGACUCUGCAUCCAUUUCUAAAUGCGUGCCGUGCAAGUUAAGGUAAUGUAAUGUCUCAUCAGUGUAUCAUGGCUGACACAUGGUGACCAGAAUACUACAUGACUCGUUUUUCAAUAUUUUGGACUAAUAAUAGACCAUAGUCAACAACAAAGCUUUUUACUUUUUUGGAAAAACGCCGUUUGAGCUGCAAAACGGUUAGUCAAAGAUCCUCUAAGACUACACAGCUUUUAUGGUAGCGUUAAAGACAGAAAUGUAAAAACAAAGCCAGAAAUAGUUGCUAUAUGUAUUCCAUUUAAAAACAGGUCUUUAUUAUAUGCAGUCAACCCUUGCUACAUCGUGGUUCGAAUAUCGCUCCCUCUAUUGCAGUUUUUCAAAAAUUAUUGCCAUUUAGCGGUUGACUAUGGCCCAGUAUUAGUCAACAAAUAUUGAAAAAUGUACAUGUUAAAUGCAGUAUACUGACCACCAGGCAUCAGUGAUGACACAGAUCACCGAUGACAGUACCUUAAAUCUAAUUACCUUAACGUGCAUGACGUCAGCCAUUACAUGUCUGACAUGAUAAAGUGAAAAAAUAAGUUAUCCUCCCAUCACAUGUGGUCUAUUUCUGACUUCUAAUUAUCUUUCUUCCUCGCUCUAUUUGAAACCCUUUCUGUUGAGAAUGAAUUAAUUUGAAGCUAACUAGUUAGCCUGCUAGCAUGCUUGCGCAUUAGCAAUGUGGUGUAAAGUGACUAUAGGGGUGUUUAUCGUGUCAGCAAUGGUAAAUGUUCGACACAAUGUCACCCUGUCGUAGAUGAUAUUUGCUUAAGAGUUUGUGGUCCUGAAACCAACUGAACACUAUCUUUGUGUUUUUGUUGUAAUAAGAUCUUAGAGCAGACUUUUGUAAACUGCACCACCCUCAAGAAUGUUCUAUUAAUGUUCAGCAAGACAUAAGAAUGUGUUUUUUCAAAGACAAUCAUUAACAGACAUUCCUGUAAACAAUCAGACCGGAACAACUCAAUCAUCAUAGCUGACUUGCUGAGCAGCUCCACUGUACGCUAUACAGUACAUUGUGUGCUUUAAGUGUGUGUGCGUGGUACCUCGACAAAGUUGUGGAUUCCCUCGAGAUAUGCCAAGUUGUUAUCAGUCACGUCCACACAAAUGCAGAAGUAUAGCCCAGCGUAGCGUCGGUAUAUGAUCUUAAAGUUUCGGAACUGGGGGGUGGGGGGAAAAGGCCAUGUCAAUUUCAUUUAUGUAGAGCUAAGUCACUGUAGUGGUUAUCUCAUGGACCAAAGGACUCAAUGGAGCCCUUCUGUCACCAAUGGGUCUUAAUUUGGCAAGGCUAAGUGAGAUGCUGUUUGAAGCAAUCAAGGUGUAGCAAAUGUAUGUCUAUGCAUUCUAUUGUUAAUACGUGAGAUACUUUUGCAUAUUCCUCACCUCCACAAAGUUGGUGUGCUUGGCAUCCCUGACAGUCACCACAGCGUGCACUUCUUCGAUUAAUUUUUGCUUCUCAUCAUCGUCAAACUGCAUGUACCAUUUGGCCAGUCGUGUCUUUCCAGCUCGGUUCUGGAUCAAGAUGAAGCGGAUCUAACGUAUGGGACAAAAUCAGCACAGUCAACGUUUGUACAUGUCAAUGUACUCCACUACUAUAUCUCUAUGCUAACUGUUAGCAUGGGUGGACGACUUCAUUCAACUGCACACGUCCUGUUAGCGUUAGCCAAAGUGUAAGACAGGAGCAGCUGGUCCACAGUAAUAAUUUUAGUGCUGUUUCAAUUGUUCAUCACAAAAUAGUUUAGUUUUGUUUAUUACAGUUGUGUUAACAUGCGAUUUUAGCUUUAGCGAUUGUAAUUUAGCAAUGCAGCUAAUGGUUGUGUACGGCGAGCGGUGAUACGGAAUGAAAUCUAAGCUUAGAUAGCAUGUGCUGGGUCUAUUUGUGACAUAUUUACCAUUUUCUUCUCCUAAACGUACACCUUAGACACUCCAGAGGCUCGUUCUUGGACGAUUAUGCCGUUUUUCGACAAAAAUACAUCAGUAAUACCUCCGACCGCUCGCCCGCUAUCUUUUACCAAGCUAUCAGGAAGCGAAGGAAGAACUGGUGAUGUCGCGUUGCAUGCUGGGGGAUGUAGUUUUUAAUUCAACCAGUUAACUAAUAGUAAUGAGUCUUAAAACUACAAUAACCGGCGUUCUUUGGUAAAACGUUUCAUUGUGCAUUUUUGAUCACAUGACAGGCUAAAAAUAUUAGACAUUUGUGAAAGUAAAAAAAUAUAUAUACAGAGCAUUAGAAAAUAAAGAAGUUGAAUAAAGUAAUAGACUUACUAACAUUACUAAUCGAUAUUAUAAUUAUAAGUUUGUCUGAAAGCUUCCUUAAUUUGGCACUGUAAUUAGAUGUUGGUCUGAAUCACCAGCUAGUUGACCACAAACGGGAAAUUUGGACAGCCUUCCUCGCUCUCUGAGCAUUCAUAUGAAUUAGAUGGGGUGGAGGAACUGGGGCUGUCAGGCAUUGCACAACGUUUGAGGAGAGGAAUGUACGAACCCUUGGGAACUACAAGUAUUUCAGCUGCAAACACAGACAGAGGGAUGAGGUGAAAUGUUGAGGAAACAACAAUGGCAAGGACUUCUGCCCAGAAACUACGGAAGGGAAACUGACGCGGAUGUGAAACAGAGGCAGAUUAUUAUUAUUAAGAGAAACUUUGACCCCUGCUGAUCUGGUCUUGUGUGAUUGGGGUCAUGCAAAUAUUGCUGGAGAGAGCACAGUGUGAUUGGACAUGAGUCUGUGUGUUUAUUUAAACAAAGGUCAGUGCUCUUUCAACACAGCCUGGCUUUUAGGCAGGAUCACUUGGCGAAAACAAAAAUGCAUAUUUGGACCUAGCACGGUGCGUUAUUGGUAAUCUCUUUGGCAUAGUCCAAAACGUGUAGACCAGGGGUGUCCAAACUAUGGCCUGGGGGCAAUUUGCAGCCCACAGCAUGUUUUUAAUUGGCUCAUGACAUUCUAGAAUAGGUGUUAAUAAUAUUUUUUGUCACAACAAACACAAAUUUUUGUCUUUAAAAACGCAUAAAAAAGUAUCAAAAUGGCCUGGGCAUGCUUUGACUUUUCCAUAUGCAGCACUUGUAGUGUAUGUUGAUCUACAAUGGAUUGGUUUUAAUGUACCAAAGUCGCCCCUGCAUACUUAAAUAGUAGAAAAAGUUUGGACACCCCUGGUGCCAACUACUGACGGUUGUUGCAAUCACAUGGAUUUUAGUGUGGUAGUGUGGCUUUAUAAAAAAAAACUACAUAUCAUAAAACAUGUAUAUUACCUGGGAAAAUAUGCAAAUAUAGCAUACAUGGCGCAUUAGGCGAUAUUUUUACAUUGAUAUAGUGUAAAUAAACAUUUUAUAUAUAUUUUUAAAAUAAAAUUAAAUUAAAAAUAUAUACAUAUUUAGGGCCUACUCAGGAAUUUUUUCCCGCUGUGUUGCAUUUCAUUUACCAUUAGUUGUGACUACAAUUGACAAUAAAUGCAAUUACAUUAACUGUGGACAAGCUAACAAAACAUAUAUUUAUUAAAGUCUAUUCGUGAAGUCGUUAAAUAUAUAUGGAAUAUAUAUUUUUCUAUAUAUUUGGGUGGCUGGAGGUGGAACGUGUGUGAUGGUGAAUGUACAAGCGUGUGUUGUAAUUGUGUGUGUGCACCACUGGGCGAGACUGUCUCUCUGUGUUGGCGGUGAAAGAGGAGGGGAGAUGCUGCUGCUGCUGCUUGGAGUCGGGAAAAAAGGGGCCGCCAUUAUUGGGAAGCUGACAAAAAAAGAACCCACAACCGUCACACAUUUUUUCUAGCUUGCCAGGGAGCUCAACCACACGAAGGAAGACACGGACUGUUGGCUCCACUCUGGGUCAUUUCAACAGACGAGAUCUCGAUCGCCUCUCCCCCACUCCCGAUUUUUUUUUUUUUUUUUUUGAGGGGUUUUGUUAUUUCGGACACAACAAAGGAAAUAAUAAUUGCUCCAAACAACGUGGUGGCGAAGCAAUACAGACUUCAACAAAAGAGCGAUUCUUGAAAGCAGCGGCAGCAACAGCACCUCCUUUUUUUGCUUCUUGUUUUGUUGAGGAAGACUUUGUGCUGCAUUUUCCCCGCUUGCGUCCUAACUAGCAUGUCUGUUAGCCCUCCGGAACGCGAAUGCUAAUGUGAAAACUUCAGUCGUCAGCAUAGAAAGUGGGAAAAAUGAACAUUUAGACUCUUUUGAGACAGAUAACGCGGAUAAUAAGUAUUGGUGGGGAGUGUUUUUGUCUUUUUUUUUUUUUUAAA